UUUGCUAGACGAAGUCACUUCUAAGAGUUUUGAUGCAGAAUGUCAAGCUCUACGCAACCUUCGUCAUAGAAAUAUAAUCAAAGUGAUUGGCAGUUGUUCUAAUCUUGACUUCAAAGCCUUAGUGCUUGAUUAUAUACCCAACGGGAGUCUUGAAAAAUGGUUGUAUUCUCAUAACCAUUGCUUAGAUCUGCCGCAAAGACUAAGCAUAAUGAUAGAUGUUGCCUCUGCAUUGGAAUAUCUCCAUUAUGGUUGCACGACACCAGUGAUUCACUCUGAUCUGAAACCUAGCAACAUAUUGCUUGACAGAGAUAUGGUUGCUUAUGUAUGUGACUUUGGCAUUGCAAAGUUUUUGGAUGAAGGAAACAGUGUUUUGCUUACCAAGACUCUUGCAACACUUGGAUACAUGGCUCCAGAGUAUGGAGUUGAAGGGCUGGUGUCAACAAGAGUUGACGUGUAUAGUUUUGGCAUAAUUAUGAUGGAAACAUUUUCAAGAAUGAAGCCUAGUGAUGAAAUGUUCAAAGAUGAUUUGAGCCUGAAGAGUUGGAUAGAAGAAUCUCUACCUGAUGCAAUAUUUCAGGUCGCAGAUCGCAACUUACUCGGGGAACAAGAUAAGCAUUUCAAUGAGAAGUUGGAGUGCAUAUCAAUGAUAUUCAAUUUGGCUUUAAGUUGCUGCACUGAAUACCCACAAGAUCGGAUUAAUAUGAAAGAUGUCGUGACAACACUCAAGAAGAUAAAACGUAAACUUGACGCUUAAUCAGGAUGAUGCCAAGAAUUGGAACGUGAUGCAAGACAAUAAAUGUUGUCAUCCAAGUUAGAAAUUAAUAGGUGCUAAAGUUUUAUUCCCUUCUCUGAAAAUGUUGUUUUGUGAAUCUAUUUGCAGGUAUGUAAUGCUAAGUGCAUUUUCUUAGUUGUUAUUUGAGAGAAAUCCAGAGGAAAAUCACAUAGGAGGUGACAGCAUUUGAAAUUAGAACUGAAGCACGUUAUUUCUAAUUCCGACCCAAAAUUGUAUGUGCAUAGUCUUGCUUCGUGAAAGUUGAAACUCUCCAUUUGAUUUAUGCAUUUUGCAGAUUAGACCA